UACCUGAAGGCUGACGGAUACAGCUUCAUCCCUGCAAGCUAUGCCCCACUAACUCACCACCCACCCUCGACCACAUCCCACCACCAAGGGAUCCGAACGCGUCGCAAACACGCGUCGUGGAGCUUCAAAAAGCAUCAAGGACCUCUUUCGACCAUCACGACCGAUUGCAGCUUAUGGAGCCCACGCGUCAUGGCCUCGGUCGAGUCCCUAGGGCUGCACCAACCCUCGGGGCUUCAGUACGCCAUCAACGAGCAACUACUUCCGCCCAACCCACCCUCGAGCGCAUAUGAAUGGCACAUUUCGACCGACGAUACGAACGGGGAACAUGUCGAGGAUGAAUUGUUGACAGCAAAGAACACGGUCAUCUGGUCGAGAGGUGGCCUGGUCCGGAAGAGCUACAAUUUCGACGUCGAGAAAGAGUCCAUCACCCAGGCGCUCUUCGCACACUUCCCAGCUCCAGAAGACAAUAAAAGACGAGCAAACGAUUCUCCAAAGCUCGAAAAGGCUCUGGUCGUCAUCCUUCAGACACAAGCUCGCAUAUACUGUCUCUCGGGCACCAGCCAUGUCGUCCACAUACCCUUCCCAGUCGAGUUCGCCUGCGCGGCACCCAUUGGCAUCAUCCUGCAGCGACGACCUGCACCCGCCAAUGCAUCAGCGGUCGCGCUCAACGUCCCUCGUGUGACGCAGAGUUCACUUGUCUCAUCGCAUCUAUCAGCCUUUCAAGCGUCUCAGAUAUCGACCUUCUCCAUCGAGAAUAUGGGCAACGUGAGGCCACUCAGAUUUGGCAUGGGAUCGACGGUCGGCCACGAUGACCAGCAAAAACCAGUGGCCGACUCCCAAUGGCCACGCUUGAUGAGUCUGAAGGAUCCUGUGCUGGAGCUCGGUCUCGUCGUCAGGGAAGCUGAACCCGACCCCAAGAAAGGACGGAGAAAACAAUCCAAAGCGCCAAGCUUCCUUCACUCGUCCGAAGAGCUGCUUCAUAUCGAGCAGAUCAGCAUUGUCGGGGCAGAAUCUGUCACUUUGGUGGUUACGCUCAAUCGCGAGACGAACUCAUUCACUGUAUGGCGCCUAACAUAUCUCGACCCUUUCGACCCCUUUAUCAAAAAGUCGAACAAGGUGGAGCGGCGAAAGUCGCACAGACGAAGUUCUAUGCAGCCGCCGCUGAGCAGUGGUACCUCGACGCCUGCGCAUGCAGGGGGCCGCGACAGCUUUGGCGCCCCUUUACCAGGAAAACGACCGCGCAAGACGGAAAAGAUCGAGAAACCGCUCGAUCUGGUGAUGUCGCUGGAACAGCAAGACCACGAGACCAACAAGGCCACGCGCCGAAGCUCCCGAAGAGUCAGUUCCAUGCUGGCACGAGCUGACUUGUCAGCGUCCCAUGAACGACAUGCUUUUGGUGAUCAGUCUGUUGGCGCAGGACAUGGCUCCACACGGCGAGGAGAGUCUUUUGGUGCCAACGCACGCUCGAGUGUGCAUGGAAGCCAGAUACGCCCCAGCCUGGGAAGCCUGCUUGAGGCACCCUUUGACGUUGGUCUCGACGAGGGGUUCCAUAACAUGGGCCUGGAAGACCACGAGAUCGAUGGCCUGCAGCGGGAGGUCAAGCUAGCGAAGAUUCACAGCAUUGAUUGGGAGAGUCAUGCAUUUCACUACCAAGCUGGCAGGUCAACUCGGAAGCCUCAGCCAAAAGUGUUCAUCCUGAAAGCACCGCCCUUUGAAAGCAAUCACAAUUCCGUGCGGCAGCUUCUUGUUGGUGUACAGGAUCCGACCGACAAGCACCUGCAGUUCAUGGCGCUCCAGCUCCAACUGAAGCCGAAGAGCGCCAAAAGCAAAGGCCCCGUAACGGGGGACCUUGGGGUCAUGCAUGUUUCGUUGCUUCCGGGGGAACUGAGGGUCGCUCAUAAUGUGAUGGACUCUUGCAAAGUUGUCGAUGGCGACGAGUCCGCAGUCCUUGUGCUGUCUGAAUCUGCCGAUGGACGGCACGAGCUGACCCUUCAAGCGCCAUGGCGGGAGCUGACGAGGAUACCUUUGACCAUGCUGCUUGUUGAAAACACCAAGAGCUUGCAGUAUGUAGCUAGAAGCAUCGAUCGGGACGUCAAGCACCUCAAGUCGGAAGUUAUCGACCCAAGCAACGGCAGUAUCGUGGGCAUCCGGCAUAGUCGGAGCCGCGGUGUGGUCGAUGUUGUUGACUCGCAGGGCAGGCUACACCAGCUCAGGAUUCAGUUGCAGCCUGUCACUCCACUGGUGAGACGCGUGCUGGCGGUCUGCAAAGGUGCACUGCCAGAUGGCGUCGGGGAGCGCAUCCAAGCCGGCUGGUUCCAUACCAUGCAGUGGCUCUCGGGCCGCGAUGACAAUGUUGCUCAUGUAGAAUGGUCUGCGACCGUCAUAUUGCUGCUAGCCAUGUAUCUCAACCUGGGCCGCACGGAUACCACUGCCUUCACAACGACACGAUUGCCUGUACGAAAGAGGCGGACCGUGUCUGGGUCUUUUGGACCGAUCCGCGAGUCCGAUGACUGGAAAGCUCUGGAGAUGGGAGAAACGGUCAACUCGCACGGCUGCCCGCCGUGGCUGAUGAACAAGGGAUGGGAGUGGGCAUUGGACGAGGACUUGGACGAUGCGAUGUCGCCUCAUGGAGAACUGAGCCCGGCUCCGAAAUUCAUGAGCCGUCACAUUACCCUGGCCAAGGAGUUUCUAUCCGCUGCAGCUGGCGAGUCUGCCACAGGCCCAGGAGGCUACUUACCUACGGCCCUCAGCAGAACCCCAGAGUCGAGGAGAAAGAACGCGACAGAUAUGUUCCUGGCGCUCCAUCUUCUGCUCGAGGAGAUGAAAUUGGACAUCACCAUCCCUGAAACUGUUUCCCCUGGCAGGGUUGACCUUCGCGUCAUGCUAUGUCAAAUUGGCCGAUGGCUUUGCUGGGAGAGCUUCUGGACGGUACACGAGGUUGGGAUACAAGAAGACAUUGAUCAUCGUCAUGACACCGACCUCCAGGUGCAGCCCCCUAUUGAGGAACCGGUUAAGCGACCAGACAUAUUGCAAUGGAUUCAGGGCCAGUUCACACAGACUGAGCGUGAGCCCUACUUUACACCAGCCGAGAUGUUCUAUCUAAGUUGUGGCAUGAGCGAAACCGACCUCAAAUGGGACUUGCGAUGGAACGACAUUUUCCCUCGGACGCUCGUCUUUAAGCGCUUCUUCAAAAGCCUGAAGCGAAACCCUUCCGCCGUGGACAUGGUGGAGGCCAUGGACGAGUGUGGCAUGAUACCCUCAUUUCUUGAUACACUGCCUGAAGCAGUGUUGGUACCUUUGCAAGACGCCAUCUCGCAGUGUCAACCGCAUCCGCCAUCGACGUGGUCUAGCAGCCUUCUCCAUUUGGUGAAGAGGAAAGACAUUGCCCGAAUCCUGACUCCUGACGAGCACAAGCGGCCUCCAAAUGCGAAUCUACUAGCACCGACUCAUGCAGCUACAUGGGAUUUCAAGCUUCUCUGCUCUAGUGUCGAGGAGGCCAAUGCUCUUGCACCCGAGGAAGGCGAAGGCACUGAACGACAAGCUGUUAUCCGCGCCUUGUUCAAGGAUGAUCGACGUCUGAACGAAGUGCAGGAACUGCUAUCCACGCACAAAGCCCGCGCAGUACAUUUUUCGGCACCAUCCGACGUGCCUGAGAGUGUCCACUUGGAGAAGCAAAAGGACUUUGUUGCCAGAGUCGCGCUCGGCACCUUGGCCAUACCCUCUGGUCGGGGUCUCUUGUUCUAUGGGCUGCGCCACCCCAUCCUCACACAAAGACUGCAGAUCAGCGGCUUCAACCUGCACUGCGUAGUCAAACCUGCCAACGUUACGGUGGCCGUUGACAAGAGCCACUUUUCCGAGGACAAGGUAUCUUGGGCUUUCUUCCACCAGGGCGUGGCAGCAGCGUUGGCGGUGUCACCCGAAGCAAAGGGCAUUGAUUCAUCGUGGAUCAUCUUCAACAAGACGUCGCAGGAACUCGGCAACCGUCACGCCGGCUUCUUACUCGCGCUGGGGUUGAAUGGUCACCUAAAAGGUGUGGCCAAAUGGGUCGCGUACAAAUACCUUACCCCGAAGCACACCAUGACCUCGAUCGGUCUCCUCUUGGGCUUCGCGGCAUCUUACAUGGGGACUAUGGACUCACUGAUUACCCGUCUGCUGUCGGUGCAUGCUACGCGCAUGCUACCCCGGGGUUCUGCUGAGUUGAAUCUAUCACCCCUCACACAAACCUCUGCCCUCCUCGGCAUCGGUCUACUGUACUGCAACAGCCAGCAUCGCCGUAUGAGCGAGAUCAUGCUCUCCGAGAUUGAGCAUAUUGACGUCGAAGAUGAGCAAGAGCCCUUGCGGAGCGAGUGUUAUCGCCUAGCGGCUGGUUUCGCUUUGGGAUUCAUCAACCUCGGCAAAGGCAAUGAUCUCAAGGGCCUUCAUGACCUGAAAGUCACCGAGAAGCUCAUUACACUUGCUACGAUGACAAAAAGUGUCGAAAUUGUCCAUAUCCUGGACAGAGCCGCUGCUGGCGCGGUGAUGGCUAUUGCUUUCAUCUACAUGAAGACGGAGGAUGCCAGUGUAGCACGCAAAAUCGACGUGCCCGACUCCAUCCUGCAGUUCGACUACAUCCGUCCAGACAUCUUGCUGCUGAGGACGAUGACCAAGAACAUCAUCAUGUGGUCCAAGAUCCAGCCGACAUUCUCUUGGAUCUCCAAGAGUCUACCCAGCGUCUAUCGAUCUCGGCACAGGCUACAAAGCACGAAUGGGCUUCGGUCGACGGAUCUGCCGCUCUUCAGCAUUCUGGCUGGCGUCUGCCUCUCCAUCGCCCUGCGCUUUUCCGGCAGCGCAUCGAUCAAAGUGCGUGACCUUUUGCUGCACUAUCUGGACCAGUUUAUCCGCAUCACACGGAUACCUUCGUCCGUCACGGAUCCAGAGCUUAGCCCUCCUUAUGACGAAGAGCUUACACGCUCUAAUGCGCGCAUGUGUCAAGACGUCCUGGCGCUUUCGCUGUCUAUCGUUAUGGCUGGCACGGGCGAUAUACCCGUUCUUCGUCGUCUACGGUCUCUUCACGGGCGAGCCGACGCAGAAACGCCCUAUGGAUCCCAUCUAGCCGCUCAUCUGGCCAUUGGCGCCUUGUUUCUCGGCUGUGGCACCGUCACGUUCGGGAACAGCAACCAAGCUAUUGCCGCCCUUCUCAUUUCCUUUUAUCCCAUCUUCCCGACGGAUGUGAUGGACAAUCGCUCCCACUUGCAGGCCCUGCGACACUUCUGGGUUCUCGCCACCGAGCAACGCUGUCUCGUGGCCAAGGAUAUCCUGACAGGCCAGCCCGUCGCAGUGGAUGUACAGAUACGUCUCAAAUCCCGCCACGUAGAGUCAUCCCUUUACCGCACGACGCCCUGUCUCCUUCCACCACUGGAGCAGAUUGAGAGCCUCUCCACAAAUGGGGGACCCGAAUUCUGGGACAUCACCGUGGACUUCAACCGAGCCGAAGUGCGCGAGGACUUUGCCAAGACGCAGAGUAUCUAUCUCCGUCGUCGGCCACCUCACGAAGGAGCCUUCUCCUCGACCCUCAGGGCUUUAGGGACUGCAAAGAAGGGCAACACGCCUCUCGAGUGGCUCUUCAGUCUCGAUGCGCUGAAAGAAAUAACGCAUGCGGAGCGUGCGGCAAUGCUACAGGCCACGUCUGGAGAGGAAGAAGAAGAGCGGGAGACGGGUUGUGCUGUCGACGCACGUUUGGAGUUGAACAGGGGCAUCAGUGAAGCCACCGACCGUGAAAGGAUGGAGGGCGCCAGACUUUUGUUCGAGUGGGGAAGCGUCAGAGAUAGAAUGCUCAAGGGUGUCGACGUGGGCGACAGCAUGUCCACGGAGAAGAAUGAAAGUAUGCGGACCCAGGCGGGUAGAGGAGACGAGGGGACGUGGUGGAUGAGGGACAGUGUUGUCGAGGCACUCAAGGGGCAGGUCAUGUUGACGGGCAGAGAGCUCGAUGAUUAGAAGACAGUGCCGAGCGAGUGUCUUUCCAAAACCUAGAAUUUCUAAGAAAGACUUCGUCAUAUUCCACUUGAUGAUGCCCACUUCAACGUGUGGAAGCAACCAACUUUCGGUCCUCAUAAGAGUCCUUGGAUAUGACCACACCCACGUAUGUUGACAAACAUACCAGAAAGCAAUCGGCAAUAAAUUGGGCAAGUAACCGUCACGCCCGGCGAUUUGUCCGUUCCUCCUUUCCCGACGCCUCUUAUUGAGUCCGGGC